CCGGCGAUCGUUCGAUUUUAGGCUUUAGUUCAUCUUAAAACAUCCGAAAAUCUUCAGAGGUGCAGAGAAACGCUGUGGAAUUUGUGUGGUUCUACAGGAGAGUCAUGACCCAGAGUCCGGCCCAUGUCUGCACCCAGCUGACCCUGAGUGUUCUCCUCACGCUGACCCUCGGCCUGUUACGCUGGCCUUUAGCAGAGGUCAGGGGUCAGUCGGAGUUUUCCCCGUUUCUGGAGGAUCUGCUGAGCCGUUAUGGAGAGAACGGUUCCAUCUCCGUACCGCAGCUCCGCUCGCUCCUCGUUCACCUCAACAUCGAGCCGAGUGAGGAGGAGACGGCCGAGACGAAAUCCAAGGGUAACGAGUCCACGUGCUUAGAAACAGGAACCCUGGCGGUUCACGGCCUACAUGAACAGUCCCGAUUGGACGCUCCGGGUCUGCAGCAGUUUUGUCCCCUGAUGCUGCAGCAGCUGGACUCUCGAUCGUGCCGAGCUCAGCAGAACCCGGAACCGGAACCCAGCGCCAAGCCGACAGCCGCCGAGGUUUGGGGUUACGGGUUCGUGAGUGUAACGGUGAUCUCGCUGUGCUCGCUGUUGGGCGCCAGCGUGGUUCCCUUCAUGAAGAAAACCUUUUACAAACGCCUGCUGCUCUACUUCAUAGCGCUGGCCAUCGGUACGCUCUAUUCCAACGCCCUGUUUCAGCUCAUCCCCGAGGCGUUCGGGUUCGACCCCACCGAGUCCAGCUACGUAUCCAAAUCCGCAGUGGUCUUCGGGGGGUUCUACCUCUUCUUCUUCACCGAGAAAGUGCUGAAGAUGAUCCUCAAACCCAAACAGGGGGGAGGACAUGGGCACGGGCAUGGGCAUUUCCCCGUGGAGCGCCACGCUAACGGCGAUCCGGAGGACGGGGUGACGGAGAAGCUGCAGAACGGAGAAGCUGGAGGAGCUUCUGUAGCUCGAGUGGACGAGGAGCUCAGAGAAGAAGAUAAAAUGCUGAGCUCAGGACAGACGCCGCAGGACUCUCAGGGUAGGUGUUACUGGUUGAAGGGCAGGUCGUACUCGGACAUCGGGACGUUAGCGUGGAUGAUCACACUCAGCGACGGACUCCACAACUUCAUCGACGGUUUGGCUAUCGGCGCCUCCUUCACCGUCUCAGUGUUCCAGGGCAUCAGCACCUCCGUCGCCAUCCUGUGUGAGGAGUUCCCUCAUGAACUGGGUGAUUUCGUGAUCCUCCUGAACGCUGGGAUGAGCAUCCAGCAGGCGCUUUUCUUCAACUUCCUCUCCGCCUGCUGCUGCUAUCUGGGGAUGGGAUUCGGGAUCCUGGCGGGAAACCAGUUCUCCCCUAACUGGAUCUUCGCUCUGGCGGGGGGGAUGUUCCUCUACAUCUCUCUGGCUGAUAUGUUUCCCGAGAUGAACGAGGUGAGUCGCGAGGAAGAGGAAGCGGGAGGAAGUGCGAGCCUCAUCUGCUUCGCCAUCCAGAACGCCGGGCUGCUCACGGGCUUCAGCAUCAUGCUCAUCCUGACCGUUUAUUCGAGCCAGAUUCAGCUGGAAUAGCACCGGAACCCGGGUCAGAACCGGGCGCAGGAACCGUCGCUGUAACCGCGGCGAGAGGUGAGGACAGAGGAGGCCUGAGGAACCUGGACGGAUCUGACCGAGACGUAUCCGAGUCUCAGGACACGCGGCGGCGAUUCUCUACGAUUUUUUCUUUCUUUUUUCAGUUUUGGAUUUUUUAUUUACGAUGAAGGAAAGUUUGGAUCUUCUGAACUUCAGUCUGAUCUGAUUCAGCUCCACCGUACCAACACCUCACAGUUUAUAAAUCUAAUCUAAUCGUGAAUUUGGUAUCAUGAAUCAAACUGAUUCCAGAACUCAGUUUCAUCAAUCAAAUCAAAUUGUGAACUCGGUUCCUUGAAUCAGAUUGAAUCAUGAACUCGGUGUCAUGAAUGAAAUUGAAUCGAGACUCAGUUUAUGAAUCAAAUCCUAUCAUAAAUUUGGUAUCGUGAAUCAAAUUGAAUCAUGACUUGGUUUAUGAAUCAAUUUCAUCAUUGUGAACUCUGUUUCAUGAAUCAAAUGUGAAUCGUGAAAUUGGUUUUGUGAAUCAGAUCAUGAAUCAGAUUGAAUCGUUGACUCAGUAUCAUGAACGGAAUGGAAUCAUUUACUUACUUUCGCAGAUUGAAUCGAAUGGUGACUUGAGUGAAUCAUUACACUACAGUUCAAAAGCCGGCGUGGAGUUUGGAACCCGGGCGUCUGUUUAGAGCUUGGUGUCUGAUGGCUGAUGGUUUUGCUCGGGGGUCCAGUGGUGGCUGCUGGUCACUAAGCUGCUGGUUUAAAGACCGUGAGGAGCGUCGCUCAGCGUCGGAACCUCCUCGUUAAACGUUCUCGUUCAGAAAUGAGAAGGGCAUUUGCUCUGCAGGGCCAAAAGUAUGUGGACACCUUAUAGUGAGCUUGUUGGACAGGCUUUCCACUAGAGUUUGGAGUGUGUAUGUGGGGAGUUUAUACCCAUUCUGUAAGGUCAGGAAGACGGGGCUCGGUGCAGGACACUGGAGUUCCUCUACACUGUUCCAUUCACGUUUGCUGCAUAGAUGAAAAGCAAAAAAAUUAUUUUAUAUAAUUGAUGUUAAGGACCUUAUAUGUUAAUUAAAAGGGUGUCCACAAAUGUUUGGGUCACAUAGAGAUUUUUUUUAUUAGAGAAAAUGCUGCAUUGAGUUCUUUUCACUUCAGUAUUUACUUUAAUUCCUGUUUAUUCGUUUGUCUGAGUGCAGUGGACUGUCGCUGACCCAUGCUGUGUGUUUAUGCUGUAUUUUGGGGACCUUUGGUUUAGUUAAUCUGUCUUCCGCUGCUGGUGGAUCCCUGAUUGUAGUCGAGGUGGGUAUAUUACUGACCCGCGUGCAGCCCUUAGCGGAACCCUUUUUUACCCAUGCACCCUGCACAGGCGCCUCUAUAUCUGCCAAUCAGGGUCCUUACACAGCGUUUGAACACCCCACCCACAUAGUCCGGUCAUCCCUCCCUAGCAGAGACGUGUCUGCUGCAGGCACUGCCAGUUAUGCCCGCUAGAUGGCGCCCAGCCGACCGGUGGCAACACCGUGUUUAGAACCGGGGAGUUCAGAAUCUCGGCGCUGGUGUGCUAGCGGAAUAUUCCGCUGCUCCACCUGGGCGCCUAAUAUUUUCUUUCUUCACAUCUAAAAGCACAGACACAGAGCCAGAAAAAACAAUACGACUUACGCUAUAUGGCGUAUAUGGCUAUACGGACCGCAAGCUUGUCUGACGUCCUGAAAACAAAAACAAUUGGUAUUAAAAUAAAGUGAUCUCUUUAUGAUCUCUUUAUGAUCUCUAUGAUCUUUUGAAGCUUCUCACAAUAUUUUGAAGUAUGUCUGUGGGAAUUCGUGCCUGUUGAACACAAAUUAGAAGGCGUGUACCAAUGCUUGUGUCCAUAAUAGUAAUAAAAUAUUUAUUAUGGGAUCAGAACAGAAAUUGAACUGGAAUCUUUGUGCUUUAUUUUUGAGUUGUUGAUGUUGAAAUGUUUUUUGUUGAAUUUGUAGAAUAGACGACGAUAAUUCUGACCAGAUUUUAUGAAUUUUUUACUCUGCUGGAAAUGAAAUGGUUGGAAGAAAAAAAGGUUCUGAGAAUUUUUCUACUUAUUUGAUGGAGUAAAAUGUCGUUAUAUGAUAAUAAACAAAGCUCAUGUGUAUUUAAAUAAAAUUUUGCCAAAAUAAA